AUGGCUAAAGCGAAAAUCGAAUCUCCGAAGACUCGUGCAGCGUCAGAAGACAAAUCUAAGAAGCCCCGAAAGUCGAAAACCGCCUCUCAUCCUCCAUACUUUCUGAUGAUAAAGGAGGCUUUGAUGACACUGAAAGAGAAGAACGGAUCAAGCCCUUACGCGAUAGCAAAGAAGAUCGAAAACAAACACAAGUCCACACUUCCAGAGAAUUUCCGUAAAACACUUUCUCUACAGCUGAAAAACUCUGUCGCUAAAGGUAAGCUCACAAAGAUCAGAGCUUCCUACAAGCUCUCAGAGACCACCACGACGACAAGGACAACGAGGCAGCAGCUGGAGAAGAAGAAGAAGCCGACUCGGUCUUCGAAGAACACUAUGCCUCUUAACAAACCAGAAGUGGCAACAAAGAAGAAGAGGAAAACCAAGAAGCCAAGACAACCCAAGUCGAUCAAAUCUUCAGGUUCGAAGAAGGUUUUGAGAGCUUCCGCUACUUGA